AUGGAAGAGAUAAAGAAUCAUGAUGAUGAUAAUAAUGGUAAAGAUAAAGUAGAGGAAUCAUUUUUUACAAAGAUGAAAAGACUGUCAUAUGAAUUGGGACAACAAACCAAAGCUGGUAUUGUAUCCUAUUAUAGAAAUUGGAGAUAUAUUCAAGAUGUAAUCAAACCAAAAAGAAAUGCUGGUAUUACCCUCCCUAGAAAAGAUAUCAUUCAUUUGAAAACAUUUAAAACCGAUUCAUUGUAUUGGAUACCAUUGGGAUUAUAUUCAUUCAUUCCAUUCUCAGCUUUUGGAUUACCAAUCUAUGUUAAAUAUCUGUCUUCUAUACUUCCAUCAACAUUCUCUACCAGACAAAUGAUUGUUGAUAGAAUGUUAACUACUCAAAAAUAUAGAGUUAAAUUGGCAAAGAUAUUACUUGGAUUAUUUUCAAGACAACAACAAGAUGAAAUAAUGAAUGGAAUUAGAAUACAAGAUUUAAAUAGAACACAAUUAAUAUUAUUAUCAAGAUGUAUUGGUAUUAAAUGUAUAGAAUUGAAGAGUACAAAACAAUUAAAACAAAAAUUAAAGGAUUGGGAAAAGGAAAUCAUAAAAGACAACCAAUUAAUUAUAGGUGAAGGAAUUGACAAACUAUCAAUUGAAGAGCUACAAGAUAUAUCGUAUCAUAGAGGUAUCCAUUUUAAAAACAAAUCAUAUAAUCAAUUAAUUGAUAUUCUCUCCAAUUCCCUCUCUUCCACCACUCCACCUUUACAUUCCACGAGCUCUUCUUAUUGUUUCUCUAUCAUUUCUAAUUUAAUUGAUGAAUAA